AUGAAAUUACAAAACGAUGCUAGAGCUACAGAGUUGGCUGAUGGCUUUCCAGGUCUGCUUGACAAUGAUGAAGAUGGAUAUAGGCUGAUAAAUGUAAAACAUUCAGCCUCUGUGUUCUCUGAAAUUCAUGUUUGCGAUGAAGGUAUUUAGUGAUGAUUUGUUUUUAAAUUGGCUUUGCCAGUUUGCCCUGUCACCCAAAUAUGAUAUUUGUUUGUUAUCUUGGCAUUGUAUAAGUGAUAAAAUGAAAUUCUUACAUACUGUACAUUUUAUCAGCCAAUUUUGCUUUGUUUAUUUAUUAUAUAAAUUAUGUGCACCUUUGAUAUAUGCUUUGGGCUGCUAUGUCGAAACUACACCUUAACUAAUAAGAUUUUGCCUUGAACUUUUAGGUAAACAAGAAGAGCUGAAGCCAGCUUUUGUAUAACUGAGUGAGUGAUACAAAGUUGUAUGAGAGAUGGGUACAUGGCACAACUUCAAAACCCAAAUGAAUGCCUGAACCCCUGGUAUCAACCCGUAUCGGCUUGAUGUCCAAAGCAUAAACAUCACACACUGUUCACGAUACUGUUGCUUCAGCUUUUUGUUAUUUCAUUAGUGGUGCUGCAAGCAGAGAAAGGAUUAUGGAUGGACUUUCCAUACCUGCUGGUCACCAUACAAGGCAUAAUUCCUUU